UAUAAGCGCUCUGCAAAAUCCGUAGCUUUCGUCAGUUACAUCGUGUCUAAAGUUCCAUUUCGGUCUUUACUUGGUUUCCCGUCACUAUCCUUAGUUUUUCUCACCUUCCACCAUGAAGUUGAUUAUCCUGGCAGUUCUGCUGGCGGUCGCAGCUACUAGCGUGGCUGGCGGACAUCACCGAAGACGCUCCGAAUGCUGCAGUGCGUGGAAACGCUACAUUGUCCCGAUUUCCUCGUCGGUGGCACCAACCAAACCCACCACCAAGCCGUGGCAGUACGCCGUCCGUGUGGGACAGAGCCUGUACAUGACCUCGGUGCGCGCCUUCACUUCCUUCGCCAACCGCACCAUCAUUAGUCCGGGCGGCACCUACAACGAAGCCAUCCAGGUGAUGAGCUUGACGGAGCAGAUCCUCAACGAAGCCGGCUGCACCUGGAACGACGUGCACGAUGUAGUGGCGCUCAUCACCGCCGGCCCCACCGACUACCCCGUCAUCGACACCGCCAUGAACGACUUCUGCGCCACCCACGGCUGCUCCGGCUUUCCUUGGACUGGCCAUCUGCGCACUUCUCCAUCCUUCAGCGGCGGCGCCACCGUCGAAUUCACCGUCCAGGCCAGCAACUGCGACUGGACUGGAGAGGACAACGAGUGCUCUUGCGAAUAGUGCGAUCGUCCUUUUUGGCCGAGUGUCAGUAAUGAUAAGAAUUAAUUCUUUCUUCGAAAUUGUGUUAUCGAUUAUGGGCGCGUUAAGUGUGAAAGCACCAACAGCUCAUGAGAUGAUUUAUCUAGCAAGAGCACCAAUGCAUGUAUUGUUCCACUUACUUAAAUUUAAUGUCCUCUGACCACCAAACGAGCCUUCAACAAAUUCAAAUAAAGCCCGCUGUUUCAAA